CUUUUUUGUCGAGUCAUGAGCUGUCAGCAGAUGUCAGGUGAGGAGCAAGUGACUUCUAUUCUUAUCACCCACACGCCCAGUUACACUGUAACUGGGCAUCGAUUCAUUGUGAUGGAGUAAACGCUACGCGCUUACGUACCACAUUCACGGCCAAAGUGGGCAGCCAUUGCGUCUCAUCGUGACGACAUGCCAUUCAUCGGCAUCAUCACCUACUUCUUAUUCCCAGAUCAGCCAUUCAUCCGCAGUUAUUCAUUCCGUCUGGGUUCCCGGUCCACGCUCAACGCCCGUCGUCAUCCGACCCCUCAUUGAACAACAGGGAUAGUCUAUUUGCUCUGUGCUCCCCGGUAUCGACUCCAGCAAAUGAGAGCCGAUCUUGAGUCUGCCCGCAUCAAAUCACUGCCGGACGAUGGCUUCUACAUAGCGGAUUUCAUCUCGGAGGAUGAAGAGGAGUUUCUCCUCCGGAAGAUAACGACUGCGCCGCUACCCCGCUGGACUCAUCUAGCUCACCGGCGUCUUCAAUCCUGGCCCUCGGCCCUGACCAAAUCGAACGCGCUCAUCUCCUCCCCGUUGCCUUCUUGGCUCGUCUCACCCAUCAUCACCCCUCGCUUCGACUCCUUGGGCCUUUUCGCCGACGCCCCGCAUCGCGCACCGAAUCAUGUUCUGGUAAAUGAAUACCGCCCGGGACAGGGCAUAAUGCCGCAUGAAGACGGUGCUGCCUACUACCCGCUCGUAGCUACUGUGAGCCUGGGAGCUCCUAUCGUGCUAGAUCUGUACGAGAAAUGUGAGGACGGCGAUGGGAACGGACAUGGCCGGCGUCCGGUGUAUAGGAUUCUGCAGGAGAGACGCAGCCUGCUCGUUACCACGAAGAGUAUCUAUACCGACUUUCUGCAUGGGAUUGCAGAAACCUCCAGGGAUGAAGGGCUGGGCGCAGAAUCUAUCUGCAACUGGGAUCUGUUGAGGGAGCCAGACAGGUAUGAGUGCGGCUGCCUGGAGAGGGAGACUAGGAUAAGCUUGACUUAUCGAGACGUGUUCAAAGUUGCAAGUCUCGGGAAUACGAUGAGGUUCCUGGGCAGUCGGUGA